UAGGAUCAAAUCUCCUUGUUGCACCUAUUCUCACCUCUUGAAUAAAGUGAGUUAUGGACAUGGUACCAAAACUAUCCCAGUAUGACAUCUAUGAAAGAAAUUAGCUAACAUGCUCUAGUGGACUUAUUGGAGUAAUGUUGUUGUAAAAGUUAAACCACACAAAUGACCAACUCCACAAGGAAAAAAAAAAAUUCUAUUUAUAUACACCACACACACAGAGAAGAAACCAAAUCCAUAACACAACACAACACAACCCUGCAAAAAUACUUCCAAGAUGUAUAAGCAAAAUGUGCUGGUGGCGAUGAUGCUUAUACUGAGUGUUAUUCUUCCACCAUCGAUUCAAAGCCUGAAACUAAAAGCAGGAACCUGGGGUAAAAGUUUUCUAAAAAAGAACCAAGAAACACAAACAAACCUUCAGUUUUAUUUCCACGACACUGUCAGCGGAAAAAACCCAAGCGUUGUUAAGGUAGCUGAACCGGUAGACAAGAGCAAGCCAUUCGUUACACAGUUCGGAAGCAUCUGGAUGGCGGAUGACCCGUUAACAGAAACAUCUGACCCGAAGUCCAAGCUCGUCGGCCGGGCCCAAGGUAUUUACGCGUCGUCGUGUCAGCAGGAGCCCGGGCUUCUUAUGUCCCUGAGCUACUCGUUUGUUGAUGGGCCGUAUAAUGGUAGCACGUUUGCUCUUGUUGGGAAGAACUCUGUCAUGAACCCGGUUCGUGAGAUGCCGGUUGUUGGUGGCACUGGGCUUUUUCGUAUGGCAAGGGGUUACGCCAUUGCUAAGACUCAUAUGUAUAAUUUGACCACUGGCGAUGCUAUUGUUGGCUACAAUGUCACACUCGUUCAUUAGAGUUAGUUAACCGUUUUUCAUUUUUUAUAUAAAUAAAUCACUAUGUAGUUUAUAGAUUUGUUUACCCUUCUAUAAUAUGCACACAUGAUCCAGUUUCAUCUUUUACUAUAAUUUUGUUUGGUUAUAUGAAAUAUGUAUUUCUUACGAAUUUGUAUUUGAUGGGUGUAGAAGAGUAUGUGUUAAUUGUAUUUGAUUGAAAGUCAAAUACACUUUAUUGAAACAUGCAUUUGUUAAAUGAGUCAAUAAUGUCGAAGAAAAUUGAUUUAAUUUAAUUUUAGUUGAGUUAGUUAUUUUGUAAUACUUGGAGUGCAAGUAAUUUCAUCUAUAAAUAAAGAGGAUGUGUAUUUUAUUUGUAAGUGUAUGAAGUUUUUGUAAUAAGGAUUGUAGUAGUAUUGUGUAGUUUCAAAAAUCACAGUCGUGAUUAUUACACAUUGUAACAAACAUUUAGAUUGCAGUUUGCACAUAAAUACAUUCUUCUUCUUAUUCUAGAA